GCGAGCACGCCUUGUAAUGCGUUCCGCGUUUUGACGCGACAUGGCCACUUCGACUACCGGCAACAUCGUAAUCGAGUGGUUGCGAUCGCUCCACCUAGGCCAAUACUCUGAGAGCUUUAUAGAUAACGGUUACGACGACCUAGAAAUAUGCAAGCAGGUCGCCGAGCCAGACCUGGACGCCAUAGGUGUUCUGAACCCUGCACAUCGUCAGCGGCUGCUUCAUUCAGUGAGAAUCCUGAGAGAGGAGGGUGCAGCAGCCGUAUAUUUUACUCUAGAAGAAGCAGCUGCUGCUCGAGACUCCUGUCGAUGUGAGGAGGAAACACGUAAAGAGCAGGCCACUGUUGCAAUAGAACCAGCAAAGUACGCUGAUGAAUAUGAAGAGGGCAAGGCUGAGCUGGUGAAAAUACCGCGAAUACAACUGAAGCGUUUGCUGCGUGAGCGUCUCGCUCAAGACGGGAUCCGUUUGAGCUUGCAACCUUAUUCAACAACGGAUGGUGAUCGCGGUUACCUAGAAGGCUUGGCGUCACGGUACGCGGAUUUGUUUUCAACGCAUUAUGGCGACGUGUUGGACCACCUCGAGGAAUUGAGAAGGCACGAAUGGGAAGAGAUGUCUCCAAGGAUGCGCGUGCUCGGGGGAACAGGAACACCCCAAACUCCUCCAUCAGCCAGUCCUGGUUCGCUGGCGUUAAGCAACUUAACCACUUCGCAUUCGCAACCUAUUUAUGUGCCUGGAAAGUAUUCGCCAUCAAGUUGUCUGAACGACAAGGAAGAAGACGAAAUUUACGGAUUUGGAUACGGUGUGUUCGGGAAGCAGAUGUUGCAGCGACAACAGCAGCAAAAACAGCUUCUACUGGCCCAGCCCAAUCAGCCGUUGAUUCACAACCAACAACACAAUUAUCAGAGUUGCCUCAGUCCACGAUCGGCGUAUUUUUACGAGUUUCCACCUAGUGAUAAUUGUCUCGGUACUGCCAAGAAGAAGGUAACUACGUUUUCAAGACUGCUACGUGGUCUUAAGUCCCAUAGAAAAGAGAAGCACGGUUCCUGCUCGCCAAAGCAUUCGCAUAGUCCUCGGCAGGGGCUACCCCCACAAAGGGUUGACACACCGGACAGCGUGCUGCAAAGUGGCUUGGGCCUAGGCCCUGGCCCUGAUACAGCUCUAAGGUCCAUGGUUGACCCCAGAGACUAUGAUCGCCUCCGCUUCUUUCAAAUGAGUGCCGCCCAACCAAACACCUUCGAAGAAACGAUUCAUAGGUUAAAAGUUCAGGAAGCCAUGAAGAAAAAAGAUAAGCUAGCUAGAGAACAAGAAGAGAUAUUACGGGACAUAAGACACGGUCUUAUGAAUAUGGGACGGGAUGGUGUCCGCGGCCCUUUUGGAGACGAUACGUAUAUGUAUGACGAUGAAGCGAGAGGUCUGUCUGAAAGAGGGCACUGGUAUGACGAACCGCCCUACGAGAGCGAUCCUGAAGACUUUCUGAUGGGAAGUGGAGCGCCGGCAGCUUCAUUCCAAAAUGGCCGUGUUUGUUUCACACUUAAUCUUCGAAACGAACCAAGAGGUGAAGGAGUUAUAUCUCUAAGAAGCGCCGGUGAUAUAAGCUUAGCAAGAGCCCCUCGGAGAGGAUUAAUAAUCCCGCAGAGCGGACCCUACCCGACCACUGUGAUACCCUUGCGAACUGCGAGAGAUAGGGAAAGCGGGGAUUACGCCGCAUCCGAUAUCCAAUCUAUAGGAUCGAGGUUGUCGGGCAUAUCGUUAGAAUCGAGUCGAUCGGAAAGAGAUUGUAGAAGAGGCUACAGGCAAAUGUCAGGUUAUCGGAUAGGCAUCGACCCUUUAUCGCCAGCGUCAUCGGAUUACGAAGAUCAAGAAAGCGAAACCGAUUCACAACAUAUAGCAACUGUACAUAAGUCAGCUGAAGAAUGUGACGGUGUUUCAAACUUAGCGGGCAAAGUGCGAGGUCUCAGACAAGAUGUGCAACGAAAGAUAUCAAGAUUAAGGCAAGAAAGGGGGCCAGAUAUGGCCAUGGAUAGGCGGACAAGCGCUGAUCAAGCGUUUCCGUGUUCUAACAGUUCUUUUGAAAGUCUUCCCAGCGGCUCAGGCAGUAGCACCCAGGCAUUGGUUCGUGCCGGUAGUAAUCAUUCGUCUCUCUCGGCAGAAGAAAACAUAGAAUUAAGUCCAGCUGGGCGGAGUCUUCUGGUACCUCAAAUGCUGUGCCGCGCUCGAGCUCUUGUCGAUUAUCUCCCCAAUAUCUAUGAAAAAGAUGCUUUAAGAUACAAGAAAGGAGAUAUAAUAGAAGUGAUCAACAUGAAUGCGUCCGGGAUCUGGCGGGGUGUUCUAAAUAACAAAGUUGGCAAUUUUAAGUUUGCUAAUGUAGAAGUUUUAUCUGAGAGGGAUACAAUGAGAUCAAGGUCAUCAAAAUGGUGUAAAAGUCGUGAACGACUUUGGGAAACUAGACCAAGAACAGUUGAAGAGUUGUUGAGAAGAAUAGACUUACCGGAAUAUAUGGUUGCUUUUUCAAGAAACGGUUAUGAAGAUAUUGAAUUGUUCAAGGAGAUUGAGCCAUCGGAUCUCGACUAUUUGGGUAUUAUGACUCCUGAUCAUCGUACACGCAUCCUUGCUGCCGUGCAACUGCUGCACCAGCUUGAAUGUGGCGAAGUUGAAGUUGAAGGUGAAGGAGGUGGUUCCAGCUCAGAAGGCGGCGAUUCACCAUUCGGUCGUCGCCAAUUCCCGCGCGACUCCGGAUGUUACGAAGCUGGAGUGGGGACUGGGGGGGUCCGCGUGCGUACAUCGCCACUCGUGCAUAGGACUGAAGAGCCGUCACAUAGACCGCCAGAGCCAGCACCCCAAGCAAAACGCUCAAUACGUCGUCGGCAACCCGAUGAUGCCGAAUGCGAUAGGAUCGAACGGUACCCUGGGACGAUAGGAGAAAAGAGUAAUGUACGUAGCGGUGGCUUGCCUGGAGGUGCGCGCGAUGACACAUGCGAGUCUGAUCAUAAGUUGAAUGUUGUCAAGUUCGUAGCGGGUGGAGAACCUUGUGCUUCUGAAAAGAGUAGUGAUUCGGGUGUGAGCAGUUCGUCUUUAAGUUCCGGGCAUCCACAUCGUCCCUGAGCAAGGGCCGCCGCGCCCGCGCUAGUAUAGAAACUGGCGCGGGUGCGAGCGUAUAAUGCAUCGUUUCCCGCAUCUAACGAUUCGGAUCCUCCCGUUCAAUCUCAAGACUAAUAAACACUGCGUGGACAAUGUAAUAAACUUUUAUCAUAAUAUAAAUGUGAAUUUAGAUAAUCUGAUUGGAAUGUAUUUACUGUUAUUAUUACUGAUUUCGAGGCAGAAAUAAUAUUUGAAUCGAUUUACACGUGUUUGUUAGGCGUAACUAGAAACAAUGACUGCCAAUUACAUUUUUUAAAUAAUUUUAUGCGGCACUUCCUAUUGCGCGAGUUUAAAACAUACCUACUUACUUAUGUAAUAUUUUGGAAUUUAGGUAGUUUAGAUUUUACAUAAACAUAUGAUUUGCAAUGUUACUGGUGUAAGCUUGUUUAUAUUUCCAAAAUGUUUAUAAAGUUUAUAAGUUUAGAUAUAAGACUGAGAAUAAUGUCUGAUCAACUUAUAAAUUUAAUUUUUAAUUUUCUAUUGGGUGAUUGUUUUAUAUUAAUGAACGAGGUAAAAUUAUGGGUUGGACCAUUCUUGUAGGAGUAGGUUUUAAUCUUGAAGCCCGCAUUUCUUUAUUCAAUAAAAUAGAUAGAUAACAAAUUUUAAUUUCCAUACCAUGCAUUUGACGUGUUAUUUUGCAAAGCGGCUGUAAGAUAAGUUAUUUUCUUUUAUUAAUUACUAACAUUUCUAAUGUUUUAAAAAGUUUAAAAUUAUACUUUUAUGAUGAUUUCCCAUAACAUGUUGAACCGCCCUUAACGAAUUUCACAGUACUAAUUUUGUCGUAUUUCGUGUAUUGAAAAACUUUCAAAAUUGUAAUAUGACAUAACUUUGGCUUUGUGGAAGAAUAAUUUUCUUAAAUAUUAUGAAGCAUAUCAUGGUUGUAGCCAAUUAUUAUAGUUUUAGUUGCUAUUACUGAAAAUUUAUUUUCUGUUCAAAUUCGUCACAAGUACGGCUCAAAAUUUUUUGUAAAUAGAAAUUAACGGUUUUUAGGUUAUAUUCCAAAAAAAAUUCUUUGGUCUGAAAUGAAAUUUUGAAAAUUAUCUAUAGAUAAAUAGAUGGUAAUAGUAUGGGAAUUUGUCCAACCAUAAAGCAAAGCUUAUUGGAUCUCUAUUUGCCUAGAAUUCAAACAUAUGUAUUUUGAACAGAAAAUAAAUUGUAUUUAUGCAUUUAAUAAGUGUCGGCAAUAAGCCAGUCUGGUGAAAUUAAGGCGUUAAAAGCGCCAAUUUUCGUAGCAAUUAUAUUAUUGUACAUAAAAAUAGAUAGGUUAAUUAUUAUCAUUAUAUAUGUUGAACAUUUUUGUAACUUCUUAAGAGAGCUUUAUGCGGCAUGCCGCAUGUACAUAUAUCUUUAAUUUUUAGGUGACAUUAUUAAACGUGAAAUUUUAAAUUUUACGCUGACUAUGCAGUUAUUCUAUAUAUAAAAGUGAACUCCAAAACAUUUCCAUAUUACUAUAAAAUCAUUAAAAAAAUGACUAAGUUGAAAAGUGAAAUAUAAAAUAAAAUAAUUACGUAACUUAAACUCGUCUUCAGAAACUUUUAGAUGUAUUUAAAUCUAAUAUAAUAAUUUAUAAUAACUUAGUAAGGAAAUUAAUUUUCGUGCCAUUUAAUGAGAAACUUCAAUGUCUAAAAUAUCGUAGAAUUGGCAUACAUGUCUCAGUGUGUUAUAACUACUUGGUGUAUUCAAUAGAUAGGUGUAAGAAAAGUAACAAUUCAAAGAUGAUUUCAAACCAUAUACAGUAUUAUAUGCCUAUUAUACCUUAAGACUUUCAGUCAUGAUAAAAUUUUUACUUUGCCGAAGUAGAAAAAUCUGCAAUAUUAAACUCAGUUUAAAGAUUGGUUAGUAUAAUAUAUUUUGGUAGAGGUAAAAAUUGAGACGUAGAUGUUCUGAAAAAAGUUGGUGCUUAUAGGCAAUCCAACAAGUUCAAAAACGAUUUAAUAUACAAGAUUACGUAAUAAAAGAUUAUUAAAGUUUUUAUUUCUUGAAAUUUCCCAAAACUUAGUCCUUGCAGGACAUGAUAGAGAUAAGUAGAGAACGGCAAAGGUUCAUUUUUUGGCCCAAACUAUUUUUCAACUGGUUUUUACCUGUUUUAGUGCCUCGUUAUUUAAAAAGCUUCCUAAUUAGUCGUAGGUCUUCUCUAGCUAAGUCUCACUCGCCAAAUUCAGGGUGAAUUAAUAAAAAAGACAUUGUUGAAAUAUCACUAAAACUAUGGAUUUCCGGUGAUUUCCGCCCAUAUAAUAUGUAUAGAACAAAAUUUGUUGCAUUUCAUCUCCCCUAUCAUGUACUGCAAGGAAUAGGUCGUGUUACCAGUCACCCUGCAUAUACUUUCGAUGCAUUUUUCUAGACGGCAUUCCUAAUCGAAUAAGUCAUCGCUCGUUUUUUGAGGAGUUUGAUCAAGAAUUAACACGUUUUUGAACUUGUUGAAAAGCCUAUUAGUUUUUAAAGUUAUUUCCUACGAUAUGUCACAAUGCUAUAAUUGUAAACCCUUAUAUUUUGUUUAUGUAAAAAGUUUCGUAACUUUUUUUAUCGGCAAUAUAUUUAAUAUAUUCUUUCAUUCAGAAGUUCAAGAGUUCUGACAAACAGCACUAUGGACGACUUUAAAACUAGUUGACCACAUCUCCUUUAGUCAAAAGCCAAAAUCUAUUAAUUUCAAUAAAUACGGUAAAACUAAUAGUUGGAUAACUUCUUGCAAUUAGAAUCUGUAAAAUAUAAUAACUUAGAAAUCCUCGGUGUUCACUUUUUUAAAUUUGUAAAAAAUAAUACUCCUUUCGAUUACAGUGAACUAGUCCGAACUUUAAAAUGUACAUAGAUAGAUGUUUGUUACCUGUAUAUUGUAGAUAGAACAUUAUUCUUUUGACAAUUAUUAUUGUAUAUUUAGCAAUUUCAUCUUUAUUAAAAUUAAUGUUAAAUAUAUUAUUUAUAGUAAAAUUAUGUUAACGCCGACGCUCAGGUAGAAUGGUUUAAACAAUUUGUGAAUGUUAUUGCUAUAUAAGAUUGUGAUUGCGAUACUUAAUUUGUAAAAUCCACGUUUUAUUUUAAUUUAAUUUUAAUCAUAUUUUGCAGGAACUGUCGUUUU